CUCACGCAGAACCCUCGCUUACACAGUAUGGCCGGCGACAUUAGCUAGCGCUCGCUCAACUCUCUCUUAACGGGAAAGCAGCGGACUACCAGAGACUGAACUGUAUCUGCCUCUAUUUCCAACAGACUCACGUUCAACUUUCGCUCACGAAAAAAAAAAAAAUUAGCCGGGAGAAUUUUAUUAGUCCUUUUUUUUUAAAAAAAAGUUAAUAUAAAAUUAUAUCAAAAAAAGAAAAAAAAAGGAACCUGAACUUUAGUAACACAGCUGGAACAAUCCGCAGCGGCGGCGGGAGCGGCGGGAGAAGAGAUUUAAUUUUAGUUGAUUUUCUGUGGUUGUUGGUUGUUCGCUAAAGUCGCACGGUGAUGGAAGCUGCACAUUUUUUCGAAGGGACCGAGAAGCUGCUGGAGGUCUGGUUCUCCAGGCAGCAGUCCGACGCAAGCCAGGGAUCUGGGGAUCUUCGCACCAUCCCGAGAUCUGAGUGGGAUGUCCUUUUGAAGGAUGUGCAGUGCUCGAUCAUAAGUGUGACAAAGACUGACAAGCAGGAAGCUUAUGUACUCAGUGAGAGUAGCAUGUUUGUCUCCAAGAGACGUUUCAUUUUGAAGACAUGUGGUACCACCCUCUUACUGAAAGCACUGGUUCCCCUGUUGAAGCUUGCUAGGGACUACAGUGGGUUUGAUUCGAUUCAAAGCUUCUUUUAUUCUCGUAAGAAUUUCAUGAAGCCUUCUCACCAAGGGUACCCACACCGGAAUUUCCAGGAAGAAAUCGAGUUUCUUAAUGCAAUUUUCCCAAAUGGAGCAGCAUAUUGUAUGGGACGCAUGAAUUCUGACUGUUGGUACCUGUAUACUUUGGAUUUCCCAGAGAGCCGAGUAAUCAAUCAGCCAGAUCAAACCCUGGAAAUUCUGAUGAGUGAGCUUGACCCAGCAGUUAUGGACCAGUUCUACAUGAAAGACGGUGUUACUGCAAAGGAUGUCACUCGUGAGAGUGGAAUUCGUGACCUGAUACCAGGUUCUGUCAUUGAUGCCACGCUGUUCAAUCCUUGUGGCUACUCAAUGAAUGGAAUGAAAUCAGAUGGAACAUAUUGGACUAUUCACAUCACUCCAGAACCAGAAUUUUCUUAUGUUAGCUUUGAAACAAACCUAAGUCAGACCUCCUAUGACGACCUGAUCAGGAAAGUUGUGGAAGUUUUCAAGCCAGGAAAAUUUGUGACCACUUUGUUCGUUAAUCAGAGUUCUAAAUGUCGCACAGUGCUUUCUUCACCCCAGAAGAUUGAAGGUUUUAAACGUCUUGAUUGCCAGAGUGCUAUGUUCAAUGAUUACAAUUUUGUUUUUACCAGUUUUGCUAAGAAACAGCAACAACAGCAGAGUUGAUUAAGAAAAAUGAAGAAGAAAAAGCGCAAAAAGAGAAGACACACAGGAGGUGGUGGCUGCUUUCUAGAUGUUGACACUGGGGGCCGUGCUCUCCAUGACCACCACCUUGUAGUUGCAGAAAGCCCUAGGUGUAAUGAUAGUGUAAUCAUUUUGAAGUGUAUGCAUUAUUAUAUCAAGGAGUUAGAUAUCUUGCAUGAAUGCUCUCUUCUGUGUUUAGGUGUUCUACGCCACUCUUGCUGUGGAAUUGAAGUGCAUGUAGAAAAGAACUUUGACUGUAUGAAUCUUUACGACACUUGUGAAAAUGAUUCAAUUUGGUUUAUGCACAGUGUAAUAUUUCUGCAGGCAUCGUCCAAAAUCCCCCACAGACAAGGCUUUCGUCCUCAUUAGAUGCUGGCCUCAGCUGACCAUCUGCGACUGUUCAAUUGCUGCCAGAGUUUUUACAUCCAGUUACCUCCACUUUCUAGAGCAUAUUCUCUACUAAUGUUAUUCAAAAUCAAUUUUUACUUCAUACAGGUGUUUUAUGCAAUGGCAAUUAAAAGUUUUUCUUCCACAAGUUGGGUCCUUGUAAGAAAAUAAUUCCAGUUACUGUUUUGUGUUCUACUGUUGAAUAGUUUGUACAUUUGUAGCCCUGUGAUUGAUUUCUCCUCUCACCGCUUCUCAGCUCUUUCCUUCACUUCCCCCCCUGAUACAGCAAUACACUGUUACACUGUGGGCUUAUGUAACAAUCUUACACCCCAGGUGGGGGAAUUUAGGCAUGGUCCCUGGUGUAAUUUUUUUUCUAAGACAUAAGGAACGUGGCCUUCUUAUUGGCAUGAACUUCUGUGGAAGAUAAUGACAAAACUGAAUGUAUCAAAUGAAAAGAAUUGAGUCUCUGAGGGUGAUUAGCAGGAGAACCCACUAAGGAAAAAAAAAAAACUGCAUUGUGUAUGAUAGUUGAGUGUCUUUAAUUCCAGCAUUCAGGAGUUAGAGGCAUGUGGCUUGAUCUCUAUGAGUUCAAGGCCAGCCUGGUCUACAGAAAAAGUUUCAGGAGAGCCAGGGCUACAGAAGAGAAACCCUAUCUUCUGGGUACUCUGGAAACAGUGGGCUAUGCCGUGCACUUCAGUUCGCUUUAAUGGAGUGCCUGCCCUGCCCUUACCAACUUCCCAAGUAGCUAUAGGAAGAAUGGCCACCAGGUCAAUGCAGAAGCUAGAUCCUAAAGGUUCUAACCUCGGUACGUGCAGUGCCCUUUCACCUUUAGCCACCAUUGCCAAUUACUUCUAAAGGAAAAUUUGACCUUUCCAUCUAUGACUUAAAAGUUGUAACUUUUUGUGAUGCCUGUGAGCUGUCUGUUCUGUGUGGUCUUCUUUAACCAUGGUGUUCACGUGAUCCAAUGGAUGGCUGACCAGCAUGGAGCUGCCCAGGCACUCCGCCAGAUAGUGAAUGUAUGGACAGACAGCACUGCUCUGAAGAUACUUAGCGGGACUGGAAACACGGGCUUUCAAGAGUUGCCAUGUUAGUGGUGUUUGCAAAUACUUUGAGAUUUAAACAGCUAAGAAACGAAAAAAUUUAUUUAUUUCCCUGUACUAAUUUUCUGGGUAGUUUUCUGGACUGAUGCAGUGAUAUUUUGUUCCUUCUGUAUUUAUAAUGAAACACUUUUUUAGUGUUUCUAAGCAUAUAGACUCUACUUGGUUUGAAAUCAAGUGGUUGGAACACUGAUUUUUUUUUUCCUUUUUUUUUCUUUUUCUUUUUUUUUAAUACAUGCUGUUGAUUGAAUGCUUCCUUGGGGAAGCUUUCAGUCAGCACUACCAGUCUGAUUCUGUAAAGAGCAGAGCACCUAAUUGCAAUUUGGAGGACCAGUGUUUAUUUAAGCUGGAUUUUUGUAACCCAGUAGAUUUUGGCUUGAGGUCUGAUCCCCGAUCUUAUAGAAUUAAGAAUUCUAAUGUUGAAAUUUGCAUAGGUUUGUGUGGAACAAAGCCUAGAAAAACUGUAGCUUGAAUAGUGAUACUAGUGUGAUUACGGGAGGGGAAGUUUUGGUGCCAUAAUUUCUCUUCGUUGGUGUUGGAUUUUUAAUCAGUUGAGAUGUAUUUCUGUACCACAUUGUAAGCUUAAAUAAAAGUUUGCUUAAUUGUCUAGUAA